AAACAAAAACUACUCAAAAAUUGAAAAACAAGGAAUCAUAACAUAUCAUGGGCAAGGGUAUCUUGUGUGUUAUUCUUCUCUUAAAAAUCUCAUUUGUAUCUAAUCUUCUCUGAUUACUGAGAAGAACAAGAAAAAGAGCCAUUGUAUCUUGUUGUCCUCUAGUUUAUCCCCUGCUCUCUUGCUAUGGCUUCACAAUUGGAAAAAACCCAUGUAGUCAUCUUCCCUUUCAUGGCUCAUGGCCACACCCUUCCACUGCUACACCUCUCCAAAGCCCUUUCCCAAAGACACAUAAAAGUUACCAUAAUCACCACCCCAUCAAACUCCAUUUCCAUUUCCAAGUACAUACUAAAUUACCCAUUCAUAAACCUUGUCCAAAUCCCAUUCCCUCCCAUCCCCGGCCUCCCCGACGGCUGCGAAAACACCGCCAACCUCCCCUCCAUGGAUUUUUACCUAAGCUUUCUCCUAGCGACCAAACACCUCCAAGAGCCCUUCGAACGAGUCCUUCGCCAAAUGUCGGAAUCCAACUCCCUUCCCAUUUGCGUAAUCUCGGAUUUCUUCCUGGGCUGGACUUUGGCCUCGUGCAAAGCAUUUGGAAUCCCGAGGCUUGUUUUCCACGGAAUGGGCGUUUUCUCGAUGGCUGUCGUAAAAAUCGCUUGGGUCCAGGCAGAAAAUUGUGAAACGUAUUCCAACUCCGAAUCCGAUACCCCGUACUUGCCAGGGAUCGAAAUUCCCUUUGUUUUGACCUGUGCGGACUUGCCCGAGGGAGUGAAUAUCCCGCAUCAUGACGACCCGUAUUCUGAGUUUAUGUCGGAAGCAGCCGAGGCUGAGUUCCACAGCUGGGGCAGCGUUGUGAAUUCUUUUCUCGAGUUGGAAGGGAAUUACGUUUCCUCCCUGGAACCCUUUUAUCAAAAUGGUGCUAAGGUUUGGUGUGCAGGUCCUCUCUGUCUAUAUGACAACUCGGGGGAGUGUUUUCGUAGCUCUCUCGAUCAACACCAACAUGAGGUGAUCCUCCUGAACUGGUUGGCCAAGCAUAGUGUGCCAGCCUCUGUGAUAUUUGUUUCCUUCGGCACCCAAUCCCACAUCUCCACCGCACAACUUGACGAGGUGAUCUAUGGCUUGGAGGAGGCAGGGGUGCCAUUUUUGUGGGUGGUGAGAUCAAACUCUUGGUCUUUACCUGAUGGAAUGGAGGAAAGGUUGAAGGGGAAAGGAUUAAUCACAAGACAAUGGGUUGACCAGCCGGCCAUACUACAACACCCUACAAUAGGAGGGUUUCUAAGUCACUGUGGGUGGAAUUCAGUGCUGGAGAGUUUAUCGGCUGGUGUGCCGAUUUUGGCCUGGCCUAUGCUUGCUGAGCAGACUUUGAAUGCUAAAUUUUUGGUGGAAGGGCUCCAUGCCGGGGUCGAAUUGAAAAAAAUGCAGAGCUCAGAAGCUGAAGUUGUUCGUGUAUCACGAGAGGCAAUUUGUAGAGGAGUUAAGGAGUUGAUGGAAGGGCGCAAAGGAAGGAUCGCAAGGGAAAAGUCCCAAGCUUUAGGAGAAGUUGCAAGGCAAGCAGUACAAAAAGGGGGUUCAUCUUAUCUUAGCCUUACCAAGCUUAUUGACCAACUAUGUGCAUCUCAGCUCAAGUAAUUGGAUACUGAGCUUGUUCGCUUGGGAUAUUUAAAAUUUCUGCGCACGAUUUCAAAUAAAUUUUCUCUAUCUA